AUGGCAAUGCUUGAGGAAAGGAGAGUUUCUUUAGCUUCCUUCAUGUUGAGGGAUGAAGCAGACAACUGGUGGGAUAUGAUCAAGACCACUCAAGAUGUAACUCAGAUGGUUUGGAUGCGAUUUGAGGAGCUGCUUUUAUCUAAUUACUUUCCAGAGACCGUUAGAAGACAAAAAAGAGCUGAAUUUAUACACUUGGUUCAAAGGAACAUGAUAGUGACUGAAUAUGCUGCAAAGUUUACACAACUAUCUAGAUAUGCUUUGAAUGUGGUGGCAAAUGAACAAAUACGAGUUCAACAAUUCCAAGAGGGGUUGAGAUUGAACAUUAGAGCACAGGUCGCUCUCUUCAUGCUCCGUACUUAUAGUGAGGUUGUGGCAAGGGCUCUUGUUAUAGAAAGGUAA